AUCGCUGAGUCCACAAUAUAUUCAAGGCCAUCACUGCAUCCCAUGAGCAGCCAGAUUUGUCCGUCCAACAACCAUACGUGGCCAAAUACCGAUCGACACAAGCAAUCCGACUGCCUGGAAUAAAAUAAAAGAGCCUGUUGGACCCUAACUUGACCUCUCGGCUGCUGAGUCCGAAACUGUUGCUGGUACAGCUCUACCGUUAGCAUUGAUACAUCUCGCAACGCGCCCAAAGCCCGAGCUAUACGUCCCAGAGUCAGGACCCAACAGGAUCCAACCAAUCCCUCAGUUCAGCACACCACAUCACAUCUGUUCCCGUCCCAUCUUCACAACAAUGGGGCCAGCCACCGAGAAAUCCCCGGAUCUCAUCCAACUCGCCCGCUCCUUCAACCACAUCCCCUGGUGCGACGAGUUUGAAAGAAUGAUUUCGGGAAUGCUCUACAACCCCAACCACCCCGACCUCGUCCGCGCACGAGUCCGCUGCCGAAACGUGAGCGAGGACUACAACCGUUUCUCGGCACGAACACUCGACUCACCCGACCAAAUCUUCGAUGCUCGUCUAAAGUUGCUCAAGGAGAUUGUGGGCGGUGUUGGCGAAGGAACAUUCGUCGAAGCGCCCUUUACGCCGGAUUAUGGAUGUAAUGUUGUGAUUGGGAGGGAUUGUUUUUUUAAUUUCAAUUUAACCAUUCUCGACACCAGCCUCGUCAUCAUCGGCGACCGCGUCCAAAUGGGUCCCGGCGUCAGCAUUUACACAGCCACUCACGAGACGAGCAUCCUCUCGCGCCGCAAGUACGUCGAGUUCGGCCUCCCUGUCCGAAUCGGCGAUGAUUGCUGGAUCGGUGGACAGGCGAUUAUUCUGCCGGGAGUGACGAUCGGUCAGGGGUGUACGAUUGGUGCUGGGUCCGUGGUGACAAAGGAUGUCCCGGACUUUUCGGUUGCUGUGGGAAGUCCGUGUCGGGUGAUAAGGACGGUUCAAUCGGCCGAGGAGGAGGAAGCGGAUGAGAAUAACCCGUAUAGAAAUAUGACGAGGGAGUUUUAGACGUAGAUACAUAGAUGGAUAGGAUGAUUGGGUAAGGUAGACAGAUGGUAGACGGUAGAAUGAUAUAAAUUAUAUACCUACACACAAGA